AGCGCUUCCUGUUGGCUCGCGCCCUGAUUGGCGCGCGCGCUCUUCCUGCGCGACAUCUGGAAGGGAGGAGAGACAGAACAGGAGAGAGAGAGAGAGAGAGAGAGAGAGCGCUAAAGGAGAGAAACAGCGCUAUAGACUCCUCAGGCUCUCAUUAGCAUUUCUGGGCAACAUUUGCACCAAGGCCACUUUCUGCUCGUUCACUCGGGUGAUGCUCUGAGUGACUGCAUCAUGGCUCCAGACGCUCUGUGGAAACACCCACAGUCCUUCUCUCUCUGAUUUUCAGCAACAACCUCCAUUGAUUAGCAAAAAAAUCAAUUUCAAGCCAUGAUGUCGGUUUGCGUUCCCUCCCCGCACAGUUCCUCUCCUUCCAUGGAUGUUGCUAACUGCAAUGGACCUCCAGUGACUCCGCCCACCUCACUCAGCCUACGCUCCUCCCACAACCAGCUACUUAGUGACGACGUGGUCAAUCAGGGCCAGGUCACGCCCCCUAAGUGUCGCAAGAAAUAUGCGCUGAUGAGCAUGCAGAGCGCCAUGGGGCUCGUUGACGGGGCUGCACCAGCUCCUUCAUCCUCUUCCUCGCCAUCCUCCGUCACAGGGGGCAACGCUACUAAUCUAAAGCUGACGAAGAACGGCAUGAACCAGCUCCGCAAAGCGGCCGAGUUGCAGGACCAAAACAAGAACACGACGAGCGAAGAGAGCGAAGGAAACGCCGAAGCAGAUUCGGAACUGGACUUAAGCAUCGAAGGCCAGACGGAUGACUUUGACGAGCCGAUAAACAAAGACACGAGCCUUUUUCUAAAUCACGAGGAAGCAGCCGACGACUCGAACACGGACGAGGAUUCUAAUGAGCUUCUCAACCUGUCUGAAAAAACUGAACUUCUCAGGAAGUCUCCUCAGCUUCAGAAGGACAAGCUCUUCCUAGAGUCGCACGCUGACGAGCUUUUUCUAGACGAGUCCAAGGCACAGGAUUAUGGCGUCACAGUCACAUCGCUGAAGCAGAAAGAGCUCAGCUCUUCUUUAUUAGGAAAACAUCACAGCCCAGAGGACACGCCCCUUCUGUCCAUCGGCUCAUCCUCCACCUCGUCUUCCCCGGAGACGAAAAAGGACAGGCCUCGGACCGGGGCAAAGACGGACCGCGCGCUGCAUCGCAUCCAGAACCUUCCACCUAGUGAUGAGGAGUCUAGCUGGACCACCCUGUCUCAGGACAGCACCUCACUGGGCUCGCCAGAAGACAUAGAUAUCUGGGGGGAGCGCUCAUUCCAGACAGACCCAGACCUGCCUCCAGGAUGGAAGAUGAUGACCGACAUGGCUGGCAUUUAUUACUGGCACAUUCCCACCGGCACCACACAGUGGGAAAGACCCGGACCGUACCAUCCUGCACCGACCGUCCCUCAUCACGACACACGACGGAAACAAUCACUGGGCUCACUUUCUUCUUCACCCACUCCUGAACAAGAGGCUUCUCAUGCAGAGGUGUUUUUUGGAGCGUCCUGUCGUUCAGACAGCACCGCAUCGGAAAGCUCCACUGAACCCGUACCACUCGCCCCCUCCUCGACGUGUCUUGUGCCCACCCCUCCCCUCUCUUCAAACUCCUCCUCUUCCUCCGAUGCCAAUGUUCCUUCCUGUGGGUUUGUCAACAGCUGCUACUUUCCUCGGUCCUCAUCACUGCAGAUCAUUCCAGAGAAAGACAAACACACCGAGACACAUCAUCGACAGGAGGACAAGAAACAGCCCUGGAGUGAUUUUGCAGUGGGAAAGAUUGAUAGUGAGAUCUGGAAGGAUCUGCAGGCUGCUACAGUGAACCCUGACCCCAGUCUGAAGGAGUUUGAAGGAGCCACUCUUCGUUAUGCCUCUCUCAAGCUUCGAAACCCUGCUCCUGUGGAGGAAGAAGACUCCAGCAGCAUCAACAGUGAUCCUGAAGCCAAGUGUUUUGCGGUGCGCUCCCUGGGCUGGGUAGAAAUGGCCGAAGAGGACUUGGCUCCUGGUAAAAGUAGCGUUGCUGUAAAUAACUGCAUCCGACAGCUCUCCUACUGCAAGAACGACAUCAGAGACACAGUUGGCAUAUGGGGAGAGGGAAAAGACAUGUAUCUGAUCUUGGAGAAUAACAUGCUGAACUUGGUUGACCCAAUGGACCGCAGCGUCCUUCACUCUCAGCCAAUCGCGAGCAUCCGUGUGUGGGGCGUGGGGCGGGACAACGGCCGAGAGAGGGAUUUUGCCUACGUAGCACGUGAUAAAGACACACGGAUAUUAAAAUGUCAUGUUUUCCGCUGUGACACGCCUGCCAAAGCCAUCGCCACCAGCCUGCAUGAAAUCUGCUCCCGGAUCAUGGCAGAGCGUAAGAAUGCCAAAGCUAUGGCCGGAGGAUCUUUGCAGGACCGGAGUCACUCUGGACUUGAUGUCCCACUGCAGGCAGAGUUCCCCACACCAAAGACUGAACUGGUACAGAGGUUUCAGGUCUUAUACAUUGGCAUGAUGCCCGUAGUCAAACCCAUAGGCAUGGAUGUUCUCAAUGGUGCGGUGGACAGCCUAAUGACAUCAUCAUCCCGAGACAACUGGAUCCCGGUCAUGCUGAAUGUAGCAGAUGCAACUGUUACUGUCAUCAGAGAGAAGGAGGAAGAGGAAGUCCUAGUGGAGUGUCGUGUGCGCUUCUUGUCGUUUAUGGGCGUGGGGAGAGACGUGCACUCGUUCGCCUUCAUCAUGGACACGGGCAACCAGCACUUUGAGUGCCAUGUGUUUUGGUGUGAUCCCAACGCUGGCAGCGUGUCGGAGGCUGUACAGGCCGCAUGCAUGUUACGAUACCAGAAGUGUUUGGUGGCUCGCCCACCCUCACACAAGCCUUGCUCACAGGCCCCACCUUCAGACUCGGUGACACGCCGCGUCUCCACCAGCGUCAAACGCGGCGUCCUGUCGCUCAUCGACACGCUCAAACAGAAGAGACCCGUCACGGAGUUGCCACAAUAAUCACACACACUCUCUCACGUUGAUUCAGCAUGCGUACACACCAAUCCCCAUCUAUAACCAGACACAGAGAUACACAGCACUCAUGCUUCACCUCUAGCGUAACGUGGCUCCGCCUCCUUUGUGUCAGUCAUGUGCUUCUCUGCAUGGGGUGACAUCGCCUCUGUCGCAUGAUAUAAGACGCCGCGCACAUUUUAGAGGGCUGGAGUGGCCUUGGGUGUUAUAGUCGAUAAAGAUUUGUGUGUGUGUGUGUGUGUGUGUGUGUGUGUGUGUGUGUGUGAGCGCAUGAAGAGCCAGACAGAUCAAACACUUAACCUCAGUAGAGCUUCCUCUGUACAAUCCCAGCUGGCUGUGAAGUGUGUGUGUGUGUGUGUGUGUGUUUGUGUGUGUGUAUGUGUGUGUGUGAGAGAGAAAGAUAGAGAGAAAGCACUGUAUGUGUACAUUGCUGCUGCUUCAUCAGAACCACAGCAUCCUCUGAUGCACUCACUCACUCACUCACUAACUCACAAAGCAUGCAGAUUAUUUCCUACUUCCUGUCUCACAGUCUUCAUCCUCAUCAGUGGCGAGAUGGACAGAGGAGAAAGGAGAGGAGAGGACGAACCGAACUUGUUGGACAGAUUUGAAACAAAACGGACAAAAUGAGAGACAAAUCUGUGACGCCGAGUGUUGCUGUGUAAAUACCGAUCAAAGCUUUUCACCAAAAAGACUUGGUUUGAACGAGAAAGAGGCUGAUUUUGUAUAAAAAAACCUCGCUGACGGAUCGAAACCUUCGAUGGCAGAAAGGUGACGUCCUGCAGUGGCGACAUCGCUUCUUUUAUAUAUAUAUAUAUAUAUAUAUAUAUAUAUAUAUAUAUAUAUAUAUAUAUAUAUAUAUCGCCUCCCCUUUUCAUUUCUGUUCUAAGCUUGUUUAUGACUUGAAUGUUGUAACACACACACGAAGGCCGACGUGAUGACAUUGUGCAGAAGACAAGACAAUACAGACGGACUCGCGUCCACACGCCGAGAAGCUCGGUGUCUCUGAGCAAGGCUUCCAGGUGAAAGGACGGACGAGAAGCCAUUUCCGGUGUCUAAAUCCAUGUUCAAAGGAAACCUCCACCCUGAACGUGCUGCAUAUCAUAACCUAUAAUAAUAAUAUAAUUACCCAUAAUGCCGUUUACCUGCCUGCACAUAAGUGGUGCACUCUGUCUUUAUGUUGAUUCACAGAGAGUGAUGCAGCGGCGCUUUAGUUUUAGGGUGGACUUUUCUUUUAAUUGAUGACAUCAUCUUAUCUGUCAACUCGCUGCACUCUGGAGUUUCUAAUCCUUCCUUCUGUGUCAGAUGUAGUCUAGUGUCACACGUGCGUGCGUGUGUGUGUAUACACAGUAUCCAUAUCCAAUACUUUGCAAAUGCAUAUCAACUCAUAAGCUAUUUUUUUUUUUUUUAUAAAUAUAUAAAUAUAUAUAGUAUUACUAUUUUUCUCAGAUUCUUUAGUAUUUUUCUUAUAUUAUUUGCCUCCGCAUGUUUUGUGAACACAUUCUGGCCAAACUGUAAAAAAAAAAAAAAAAAAAAAAAAAAACAUUGUGCGUGUUGUAGAUAAAUCAAUGGACAGAAAAAAAGGGCGAAAGUGAGAAUUUAUUUUACGGUGAAUAAGAAGGGGGUCGUGAGUGUCUAUUCUAUGCAUUCUUUUAGCUCCCAGGACGAUCCGAGGGAAUAAAAAACCGGCCGAUUUCAGAAGAAUAAUUGGACGUUGGACUGAAAGGAAAAAAAAAAAAAGAUAUUUUUUAUUUUAUUUAUUCUAUUUUAUAUCGUCGUAAUCUAUUCUAUGCUUGGACAUUCUCCUCAUUGUGGCUCGCACCAAACAAAAUCCAUCACUCCAUAAUGAGAAAUAAGGAAGGAAAGAUGAAAUGAUGACCAUCUACAUUCUUUUCUUUUUUUUUUGAGCCAUAUAUUUCUCCUCUACCGAUCAAUUCUAAUGAGAUCAUUCCGUUCUUUAAAUGUGUGUUUCAUGCUUUAAUGAAGCUCUGCUGCACUUCUCCUCUCAUUAUUAUUUGUACACGUGUAAAAGAUUUCCCCUCCUGUUUUCAUUGUAAGUGUUAUCAUCACGUGGCCAUGCUUCAACUGAGCGAAUGGAGCAUGAAGAUUCACGGGGUUUAGUUUGCGGUCUGAUUCAGUAGAGAGAUGAAUUCUUGGUCACUCACACACUUAAUAAUCUCAUACACAAAGACACACACUCACAUACAGACUGUCACAUUCUUGUGGAAACAAUGGCUUCUCCUCUACACCACUUUGUACCCCAAACUAAAUGUAACCUGUUGUGAGAAUAAACGGCAUAUCAGAAAUA